CCUAUGCUGUUGACUGGAGAAGACUCAGAAAGUUUCAGAAUGAAGAAGGAUAACAAUCAAUGCAGGAAAAUGAGCAAGGAGCCUCCACAAGAAUUGUUGAUUGAAAUUCUUGCUAGACUGCCUACAAAGUCGGCCAUCAGAUUCAGUUCUGUAUCCAAGUUGUGGCUUAGCAUUAUAAAGGACUCGGCUUUCCAAGACCUCCACUCUAAGCAUUCGAGGCAAAGUCUCAGAACCAAUAGUUUGAUUCUCAUGCGUGGAAAAAUUGGGGAGAAAAGCAAAAUCAGCUUGAACCUGUUGUCUAUCCAGAGGCCUAUCUUGCCGAAUGCAAUGUCACAUUUCAUUGCUGAUCAUGAAUACUAUUGUGUUGGCACCUGCAAUGGUUUGCUUUGUUUUGCUCCGGACAAAUCACAGGAACCGUUAUUUCUAUGCAAUCCAGUAACCGGAGAACAUAUAACUCUUCCAAGAGCUCAUUGCUCAUUCCGAGCUCAGUAUCGACAUUAUUAUUGCUCAUUUGCGUUUGGUUUCUGUCCUUACACAGAGAAAUAUAAAAUCAUUGAGAUUCUUUCACCUCAGCUUGAGCUAUUAUCAAGUUAUGGAACGAUGAUGGUUUAUACUGUUGGCAGUGGGAAAGCAUGGAGAAAGAUCAAAGGUUUUCAACAUUCUCUACAUUCAGACUCUGUAUAUAUCGAUGGCAAGUUAUAUUGGCAAAUCAAUUGCAAGAGAGAAGAUGGAGAGACUGGUAUAGUAUGUUUUGAUGUAACAAAAGAGACAGUGACAAGGAUGGAAUAUCCAUGGAGCCGUGUUUACAGACGUGGUUUUGAGAAUUUUUCUGAGACCAUUUUGGAAUUGGAUGGACAUUUGACAGCGGCUUCAUGUCAUCCAGGUGCCAAUCAUAUCACGCUGUGGAUGCUCAAGGACUUCGAUAAGCAGCAAUGGGAAAAAGGAUAUUCUUUUUCUUUGCCGGUACUUCAGAAUUUGGAUGGGAAAAUCAAUAGACUUGUUAGUUUAUGCGAGUGUGACGGAGUGCUGCUCACCUGGCUUUUAGAUGGUCUGGCUGUUUAUGAUUCAAAGAGAGGAACAAUGAAAUGGUAUCGAGGAUAUGCGAUCUCCUUGUUGAGAUGA